AUGCUGUGGCGGCCUCUGCAACAUCGGAUCCCGCUUGCCUGGACGCAUCGCGAGGUGAUCCGAUGUCGGCACCUCGCCAACUCAUACGUCCGCAAGGCACAGCUUUCCAGCUCGUCAACGACUUUCCCAACGUCAUCACAGUUCAACCGGUCAGAUUUUACAAGCCAGCCGUUUACUGGCAGCUAUGAGGCCGGCCUGCCGACGUCCGGCCCUCUCGGGUCCACGCCGGCUUUCGGCGCCCCGCGAAUCACACCUAAGGUGCUGAAGCAAUACCUCGACCAAUACGUUGUGGGGCAGGAUCGCGCGAAGAAGGUGCUCAGUGUGGCAGUAUACAACCAUUACCAGCGGGUGCAAGAGGUACAACGACGCGAAGAAGAGGCUGCGGAGCUUCUUGCAAAGCGUCAGCGGAAGGAAGCCCUGGAGAGCCAUCCCUUAGAAGAUGAAUUUCCCGGCCAGCAACGAACUGUCGGCCUGCCGACCUCUAAGCCCCGCCAAACAACACCCCUCCACCAAACCGAACUUGUCGACAGCUCGCCGCUGCAGCUGGAAAAGUCCAAUAUCUUGCUCCUAGGCCCUUCUGGAGUAGGCAAGACCCUGAUGGCGAAAACUCUCGCGCGGGUCCUUUCUGUCCCUUUCAGCAUUUCCGAUUGCACUCCGUUCACACAAGCCGGCUACAUCGGAGAGGAUGCCGAGGUGUGUGUACACCGACUUUUGGCUGCCGCAGACUACGAUGUCGAGCAGGCAGAGCGCGGGAUUAUUGUACUCGACGAGAUGGACAAAAUUGCCGCGGCAAAAGUCAGCCACGGCAAAGAUGUUGGUGGGGAAGGAGUCCAGCAGGCACUAUUGAAAAUUAUUGAAGGCACGACAGUGCAAGUACAAGCCAAGCCUGAGAAAAACCCUCGUGCGAGCAGUGCACCGAAUUCCUACCCGUCAAACAGUCCCUUGGGCAACACCCCAUUCCACCCGAACCAGGGCAAUCCGGCCCAGAAAGGCGAGGUUUACAAUGUACGCACUGACAACAUAUUGUUUGUGUGCUCGGGGGCUUUUGUAGGUCUCCACAAGGUGGUCAUGGAACGAAUAUCGCGGGGCUCGAUAGGAUUUGGCCAGCCGGUUCGUGCCGCCUCAGGCUCUGGUGAUUUCUCUGGUUCAUCUGAUUCUUCGCCUACCGCACCUCUUCCCAUUCUUCCUGGGUCCGAAGAAGAGGCACUGUACAAAAGACACCUGCCCUUUUUCACCUCUGCUUCUCCUAACUCACGUGGAAGUGAACCGACGUACUUCAACGCACUCGAUCUCCUGACACCAUCAGACCUUCAAAGCUAUGGGUUCAUCCCCGAGCUAAUCGGGCGGAUCCCCGUCACCGCUGCGCUUUCUACCCUCACGCAGCCCUUGCUUCUCCGCAUCCUCACCGAACCCCGCAACUCCCUUCUUGCCCAAUAUACUGCGCUUUUCUCCCUAUCCGGCAUUGAACUGCGGUUCACUACCCCUGCACUACACAAGAUCGCCGCCAACGCAUUCACCAUGGGAACCGGUGCCCGUGCCCUCCGCACCGAGAUUGAGACAAUCCUCAGCGAUGCCAUGUUUGAAGCCCCCGGCUCGAGCGUCAAAUUCGUUCUAGUCACUGAGGCUGUCGCCGCACGCAACGAGAAGUCAAUCUAUCUUGCCCGAGGUCAAGGUGGUCGGUUCCAUGCCAUGGUUUCUGCCGAGGAGAGUGAAUGGGAAGAGAAGAUGCGGCGCGAAAAGAAGGAUGAAGACUCCAAAACCCCGGGAGGAAAGGAUCCCAGCGAGGGCGCACCUCAUCCUUCUAACUUCCAGGAGUAUCGAAAGCAAGCGUUCAGCUGA